AUGCCUGAUGAUGUGGAGGGUGGUUGUUGGCCAGGCCCCGCGGACCUUCAUUGCUUGGAUGUGUUCUCGCGUUCUGGGAAAAUCGCACAGGCGUUCACCAGGCGCGAAUUUCGCAGUUCGCAAUUUGACAUCGCCACGAGCGUGGAGGAGGACAUUACGACAGAGAAGGGCUUCGCUACACUGAUCCUGAAGGGCCUCCGCCUCCUUCCCAACGGCUUUGUGAUGCUGGCCCCGCCAUGUAGUAUGUUCACCUUUUUCUCAAGCUCCCAACAUGGCCGUUCAUGGUGGGGCGCUUGGGGAAACCCCAUGGAUCCUUCCACGAAACUGGCCAACUUGAUCGCUGUCAACACUGUCAUUUUCAUGAUGGUGAUCAAGCGUGCCCGACGUGCGCAGAUGCUCCUGGAGCAGCCGCGGGGGUCAUGGCUUCUGAAGUUGCCGCCUGUUUUGGAGCUGAUUGCCGAAUUUCACCUCCAGAGGAUCAGCGCUCAUUUGAUUUUCUGGGGCCAUGUCCUGGAGAAACCUACAACCUUGGUGGGUGAUUUGGAAGGCAUGGACCAGCUACAGCGAACCAUGACGAAAGAUGCCAGGCGCAAGUUCCAGAAGAGGCGCAAGAAGGUCCUCUGGCUUACCCCAGAUCAUCCAAAUCACGCCAAUGCACAUCAUGGAAUGUAUGUCAAGGAUUCGAAGGGCAAGGUUCACGGAACCACUUUGCUGGCAAAGUCAGCAAUAUACCCGUACAGAUUCUGCAACGAUAUUGCCCGUCUGUGGAUGCAAAGCUGGAACCCACAGUAA